GUUAGUUGCCGGCUAAUAAGCGCUCAAUUUGGACGUCCGUCUUCCUUUGUCACACCGAGAGUGUUACUACGUAGUACGUUGACAACAUGAUGGCACCUGCCUCUCGGAGACGGCGACGGAAUGCUAUCUGAUGUGACAGGAAAUGCGGGCUGCGAAGGCCCUGACAUCCAUGAGAUCCCUGACUCCUCCACGCCAGAAACAUUUACUACUGAUUCCGAGUCCGCAGACGAUGAAUCCUCGCCUGCAACGCUGCUGGAGUUGCGGCCUAAGAAACCAAAGGACAAUUCGACACGGCGGCAUUCUGUUGAGCGGAUAUAUAGUCCUCAGACAGGGUGGCAGAGAUCGAUUUCGGCCUGCAUGGUAGACCCUUUCGGACAGCUUCCUGUGAAGAUCGACGAAGUGACCAACCAAUUGCUACAUUUCUAUGGUCAAGACAUGUACUGGCAGACUGCAUAUGCACUGUCAGAUAACAUAAGACCCAGCAUCAAGGGUUCUUGGGAGUACCAGACCGGACUAUCACUCACUCACUUCCACAUCUUGAUGGCACGAUCUGCUCUACAUCAGCUGCGUCUGAACAAGUACCUUGCGACGGCAACUCGCAAGAACCUGGAAGUUGCAGCACUAAAACACCAGGGCAAUGCUUUGACCGUGCUUAGGAAACAAGUAGCUCUCGGACCACAAGGCGAUAGAAAGGAGAUCCUCACGUCUUGCAUCAGCCUCGCCACAUUCGAGCAGCGGUAUGGCAACCGCGAGACAUCAUACUUGCAUUUCAAGGUGGCAAGAGAUAUCAUCAAACAACUUGGGUUCCGAGAGGGGUUGCACGACCGGCUGAGAGAAGAGCAGGCGCUGUGGUUCGAAGGGAUCUAUAGAGAUCCGCAGGCUUCAUUCCUCUGGGGAAAAGAAGAUGCCACAGCACGCUUCGGAUGGUUGAAGUCCGUAUUGAGAGACGUCGAUCGCAUAUGGCGCGACCGACAAUUGCUGCCAUCGAAGCAGAGGGUUCCUUUUGUGACUGGCAAUUCCAGACUGCACGAGUUCCUCUUUCGCCGAAUGCAAAGCAGACUGAUCAGCGUGUAUGGUGAUAUCAACGACAGCAUAGCGCAGCAGAGGUGCAUACUGAUCCUCGUCUGUAUAAUCACAGGCCUGUAUGAGCAAUUGGAAGGGAACAUUAUUUUGAGACAGAGCACGAAGGCGCUGGCAAUAUUCGGUGCCAUUCGCGCCUACGGUGACUGGAUCGAGGACAAGCUUGUCGAGCAUGAUCUUGCGAAGGAAAAUUCAGGUGCAGACUUGCUUUGGAUCAUGUUGCAAAAUUAUCGAGACAUGCAGCCACGCAGCGCGAAUGCAGCGGCGAUGCAAGCACUCAAGGGUCUCGACAUUGCGGGUUGUCAGUGGCGGGCUUGUGCAAUUGCUAACAUUAUCAAGUAUUUGCCUGAUUCUCGGCAAUUGGAGCUUAGAGAGUGGUUGCUGGCUUUCCUUGAGGCAAAUAGGUAUGCCGGAAAAGCCACCGUGAACGAAUUUGCUUUCAGCUACACAGAUGCGUGA